CUGGUAUACGGCGUAGGAGAGAGCCACCAACAGAACCAGGGUGCCACUCUGGAACAUUAUUGCGUAGGGACGCAAUGGAAAUGUAUGUAGGCCUUCAACUGUCCCGAAUGUCGACUAAAGACCACUUGUUGAAACCUUCGUAUUCUUCUUCUUAAAGGAAAAUACAGACUAUCAGCAGAGCGUGUGCAGUGCGUUGGGUUGCAUAUUUGCCCUGGACGUUGUGAGCCUCUUUCUGAUCAAUGCAACUUGUUCUUGUUUGUCGUCAACCACACCCCCUGUUAACGACCACGCUUGCCCAUAUGUACGGACACAACCAUGUUGUUACAAAGCACCACUUCAACUUUAACUGUUAGGAGAUAGACUGCUCAUUAUCUGUAUAUUGGUGACAGAGCGACCCGGACAACUGUGAUUUUACAUCGCCGGGAUCUGACGUGUAUACCCUCACACGCUAGAAUCUUCCCCCGACAAGCGCAACACAUCCCAGUUGUGUUCGUGGCCUGCCCGACAUGCAUUAGGGCUGCCACUAAACCUGGAGAAGAACACUAGGUGCAGUAGGAAUUAAGUUUGAAGUUSGGAUGAUUGGGGCAAUGCAGGCAACACACCAGAGAGAACUGAAGAACCUGAGGUUUCUGCUUCUAUGGUUUUCGGUGGCCAUCCUAGCGUCGGGAGUUGACGCAGGUGGAAAGAAGCACAGUGGGCCAUGUGGAGGGAGAGACUGCAGCGGAGGGUGUAAAUGCUUCCCUGAGAAAGGUGCCAGAGGCCAGCCUGGUCUUCUUGGUUCUCAGGGCCCCCAGGGGCCUUCAGGACGUCUAGGGGACCCAGGAGUCCAGGGAGUCCAGGGAGAGAAGGGCGACAGGGGCAGAGGAGGCAUCAUCGGCCCCAAGGGUGCUGUGGGGAUGACUGGUGUUCCUGGGUUUUCCGGGUUGGACGGUAUUCCUGGCCACCCAGGACAGGCUGGGCCUCGUGGGAAACCUGGAGCAGACGGGUGCAACGGAACACACGGAGACUCAGGGUCGGCAGGUCAACCAGGCUACGAUGGCCAGCCCGGGUAUAAUGGUCAGGCGGGCAGGAAGGGACAGAAGGGAGACACUCUGGAGCUGAGUGUGUUCAUGGAGCGCUUCAGGGGAGAUUCAGGGCUGCCCGGAUAUCCUGGAUUAGUUGGUCCUCAGGGUUACCCAGGUCGGUCUGGCUACAGAGGACUCCCGGGACCACAGGGCCCACAAGGGUAUCCUGGUCUUCCUGGGCCAAAGGGCACCAUGACCAAAGUGUUGAAAGGGGUCAAAGGAGAACCUGGUGACGCUGGAAAGCCUGGUCCCCAAGGGAACUCCACCCAUUCCCAGAUCGGUCCAUUUACUGGACCCAAUGGCAUAAAGGGUGAGAAAGGGUUGAAAGGUGAUACUGGUCCUGAGGCUGACAACAAAGGAGAGACUGGUGUUAUAGGGAUGCCUGGACAACGGGGCAUCGCUGGUCGGGAUGGAGAGCAAGGACUGAGGGGGGACCUGGGAGAACCAGGACUGAUGGGCAGAGAUGGUCAAAAGGGUGCCAGAGGAGAACCAGGGGAGCUGAUUUAUGAUGAUGGUCCCUCAGGAGGGCGGGACAGAGUUGGUCCCCCUGGUCCUCCUGGACAGCUGGGUCCCCAGGGCCAGAGGGGUCUGCAGGGGGAGAAAGGUCUUCCAGGACGCGCUGGACCUCCUGCCAGGAAGGAUCAUGAUCAACAACAAGUGGUGGAUCUGUGGGGUCCGUUCGGAGAGCCGGGGGUAAAGGGAGAGAUGGGCGCACCAGGAGAGCUAGGUAUCCCUGCCCUCAGCCCCGGACCCCCAGGUAUCAAUGGCCUGCCUGGGCUCGGGGGCCCACCCGGACCACCAGGAUCAUCAGGGGCGGACUUCUACAGGGGAUUUUCAGGGCAGAGAGGGCGGCCAGGCUCUGCGGGAAGAAAAGGACUGAAAGGUGAUCAUGGGUUGUGCGAGUGCAACAUUGUGCAUUCCCCUCCGGGCCUGCCCGGCCCUGCUGGUAGCCAAGGCGACCCUGGAAUGAGUGGCGAGGUUGGUCGGCAGGGAGAGUCAGGAGAUCCAGGACCCCGAGGUGUCAUCGGACUGCCUGGGUUCCCUGGUGCCCACAGGACAACAGGGUCCAAAGGGCAGGAAGGGCGAGUUAAUUCAGGCCAAAGAGAAAGGAUAUGCCGGCGACCCAGGAGACCCAGGGAGAUGCACCUGCUGGGCUCACUGGAGAAAAAGGUUAUCAGGGCCGGCCGGGUGAUUGCGAUGCCAUACCCGGACCACCCGGUAUGCCAGGACCACCAGGACCCCACGGGGUCGGAACGGGGAGCCAGGAGAGAAGGACCUCACGGGGAGAUCUGGGGAGCGUCGACCGGACAACCUGGAGAAGUGGGUCUUCCUGGAGAGCAGGGACCUAAAGGGUUCAGCGGAGAGCCUGGAAACGAGGGCUACCCAGGGAUGGGUGGCAUGCCUGGUAUGAUUGGGUUCAAGGGUGACGUAGGUCCUUCAGGUCUGCAGGGGGAGCAAGGAGGACCGGGAGCUGCUGGGAAGUAUGGCUGGCCAGGUGUACCCGGACUGGCUGGUGUCCCUGGACCAACAGGAAGCACCGGACAACCAGGUUUGAGCGGAAACAGGGGUGAUCAGGGGGACCCUGGCACACCAGGGCCCAUAGGACUGAAGGGGACACUGGGGGAGUUUGGUAGUCAGGGCGCUGAGGGAAACACCGGAGACCAGGGUGACCCCGGAGUGCCAGGACCUACAGGACACUCUGGCCUGCCAGGGUUCAAAGGUAUCAAAGGGUCUCGUGGCAUGUCAGGGUUUGGAGGAAUGCCUGGUGUGUCGGGCCUGAAGGGCUUCUCUGGACAGAAAGGAGAGACUGGCAAUCCCGGAGAAUUUGGACAGAAAGGAAACAUGGGCGACUAUGGUUCAAAGGGUGACCGUGGUCUGAGGGGUCCAACUGGCGAUAAACCCCACAUCCCUCGUCAGAUCAUCAAAGACAUGAAGGGGACAAAAGGAGAAGAUGGAACCGCAGGACAGAUCGGAUUCACUGGACCCAGAGGUCCUAAAGGUUUUCCCGGUGUUCCGGGAAUGGAGGGCUACCACGGCAUUCCCGGAGACCCCAGCGAUGAGAAGGGUUUCCAAGGCAACCCAGGCGCGCAGGGACUUCCGGGGCCAAAAGGAAUGCCUGGUCUGACAGGAUCAAACGGAAUCAGCGGCUUUCCCGGGAUGUCUGGUCACAGGGGGAAUAAAGGUAACCCCGGUGCCUACGGAUCCUCAGGAGAUCCAGGAGGGAAGGGUGUCAAAGGUGAGGGGGGUGCCGUAAUCGACAUGCCCGGAUCCACAGGACUGAGGGGGCAGGAUGGUUUCCCUGGGGUUCCAGGUCAGAAGGGCUACAUUGGGAAUCUGGGAGACAGGGGCGGUGGAGGUUUCCAUGGUAUUGAGGGCAUGAAGGGCGUGCCAGGUGAACCUGGCACAGGAGGACCUAUAGGAUCUGAUGGUCAACAAGGGUUUCCAGGCAACAGGGUACGAAGGGAUGGCCUGGGGUUCCCGGAGAAUCAGGCACACAUGGACAACCAGGCUUCCCCGGACAGAGAGGCGCGCACACGUUUCCCGGGACUAAAGGGUAUAUUCGGACUGGAUGGGCUGAAGGGUCAGAAGGGCAUCCCCGGACUUCCAGGUCAGGAUAACUUUGGAACCCCAGGUGACCCCGGUGCUAAGGGAGCGAGGGGAGAGACAGGUAUACCCAACUCCGAGGUCGGGACACCCGGAUCGCUGGGUUUGAAGGGAGUUCAAGGACAACCAGGUGACCAGGGCCAGGUGGGACCCCCAGGGUUUCAGGGCCCCCAAGGGCCAGAGGGCACCUCAGACAGACCCGGACCAUCAGGAGAACCUGGCUUCCCUGGACCCAAAGGACUGCCAGGUUUCCCUGGGCCCCGUGGUUUCCCUGGUGAGCCCUCUCAAUAUGGAGAGAAGGGUUUAGCUGGCCAGUAUGGCGUCACUGGAUUCCCUGGUCUGAAAGGAAAGCAGGGGGAUCAGGGACCAUCAGGAUACAAAGGACAGAGCGGAGUGUCUGGGAAGAAAGGUGUGAAGGGAGGUCAAGGGAUGAUGGGAUUUCCUGGUAGGUCUGGUUUCCAAGGAGACCGAGGUCCUUCCGGCCCAAAAGGAAGUACUGGACUCACAGGUUAUCCAGGAGCCCCAGGUAACCAGGGCCCAGCCCCACUACCCCCCAGGAUGCCAGGAGAGAGGGGUGCUCCAGGUCCUCAGGGUAUCCGAGGACCGGAGGGGGUACGAGGGGAAAGCGGCCCGAAAGGACCCCCUGGAGAUCCAGGCUACUUCGGGCCCCAGGGGCAGAAGGGGAUGCCAGGGGUGGGUGGCAGACCAGGUACCCCUGGGUACCGUGGGAAUGUUGGAGGGAGGGGCCAUCUUGGUCUGCAGGGCAUGGAAGGUCACCGUGGUAACCCAGGUACUACAGGGUUGCAUGGCAUGCCGGGCCGCAGUGUGAGCGUGGGAUACCUGCUGGUGAAGCACAGCCAAUCAGAGCAGACCCCCAUGUGCCCCGUGGGCAUGUCGAAGCUGUGGGACGGCUACAGUCUGCUGUACUUCGAGGGCCAGGAGAAGGCCCACAACCAGGACCUAGGUCUGGCGGGCUCCUGCCUCCCUCGUUUCAACACCAUGCCCUUCCUGUACUGCAACCCCGGAGACGUCUGCUACUACGCCAGCCGCAACGACAAAUCAUAUUGGCUGUCCACCACCGCGCCCCUUCCCAUGAUGCCUGUGGAGGAAGGUGAUAUCAAACCCUACAUCAGCCGCUGCUCUGUGUGCGAAGCUCCGUCCGUUGCCAUCGCCGUGCACAGCCAGGAUAUUACCAUCCCACAAUGCCCUGCUGGCUGGCGCAGCUUAUGGAUUGGCUACUCCUUCCUCAUGCACACGGCAGCAGGUGACGAGGGUGGGGGUCAGUCUCUGUCGUCUCCUGGUUCCUGUCUGGAGGACUUCCGUACCACGCCCUUCAUCGAGUGUAACGGGGCCAAGGGCACCUGCCACUACUUCGCCAACAAACACAGCUUCUGGCUCACCUCCAUCGAACAGUCCUUCCAUGCCGAGCCUGCCUCAGAGACCCUGAAAGCAGGCCAGCUCCUCUCACGCAUCAGCCGUUGUCAGGUCUGCAUGAAGAACCUGUGACCUGGCUCACCCUAAGUCUCCGUUGACCCUGUGAUGUACCUUCCUGUGACCAUACCCCCCUGCCAAACAAUUCAGGUAGUUAUUGCCUUCGGUCUCAGGCACAGAUCUAGGUUUAGCUUACCCUCCCCAAUUCCUAACUGUAGCCAUGAAGCAGAAACGCAAAACUAACCUUAGAUCAGCAUCUAUGGGGCAGCUUCAUCCUACUCCCCCGAACCUUGGCUUGUGAGGACUGAAGGACUGUGUGAACGCUUCAAGUGGAGAGAAGUGUUAAGAAAAAAAUCCCUGCCAUAAAGUCAACAGCGAUAUGAAAUAUACAUGUAAAUGCUCUUUUUAAUUGUUUGUCCUAUUUGUUAUGGUGCUCUCUCUAACUUAUUACCUCAGCUAUAAUUAUACACCAAACAUGUUUAACUGACCAUACCAAGAACAUACAGCUGAAACAACCAAAGAUGCCCGUGUGUACACACUGCUUCAGUUAUCAAAUUAUUGACUAAAUUGAUUGUGUACUGCUUCAGUUAUGUUUUUUUUAUUUUUAAAUGUGUUUGUUUUAUUAUUCAGGUAUAAGUGCUAUUGCCACUUCACUAAUACUGACCCUCAACCAAUUACAUCGUGUUCGCACAUAACAUAAGAGCCACUGUGCAAACUGUUGCCUGUGUUUGUUCGCUAUAUAUCAACUGUAUGUAUCAAUAUAUUUUACAGCUCUUACCCAAAUCUUACAUUCGCACAUUGCUUUGAUCACAAAAUGCACUGAUUUACAUCUGCUGAAUGAACUUAAUUUGCUCAUAACUAAAAACAUUGUUUUUCCCAUAACACAUUUUCCCCAGUAUACAUUCUUCAUAUGAACAGUCAGCUCAGUCUCUGCUGGAAUCAAGCCAGCACAGAAAUGCCAACGACUGUCCAAAGUCUAAGCUACGAGGACUGGUUGAACAAAAUCUGGUCAGCGAUCCCUCCAGAGCAUUUAUUUGUUUAUCACAUUCUAGGUCCUAGGAAGUAGUCUGUGUUGAAUUGGCCAUUAAAAGAAUAACACCAGUUUUAUAUUGUACAUUUCCAGCCACUUCAGAUGAACGGCUUUAUUUGGCCAUUUGUUCAAUGUAAUUAUGUUGAAUCAAUAGAAAUGUAUUGUAAUGGUGUCAUAACUAAAAUAAAUUGUUUUGUUUGUUGUA